AUGAAGGAACUGAAAAUGAUGAUGCAACGAGGCAAAGCUGUGUACCCUCCAGAAGAUCCUGAAUUCGCAAAACAGUUCAUGACGAUAGUCGAAUUCUAUCUUCUCAAUGAGAACAACUUGUGGCGAAUAACAGACGAGACCGCCAUAAAUAAGGUGGUGGAGGAAGUCCUGGCGAAGAACGAGAAGCUGCUGGAAAAAGCAUCAGCCGGUCACGCGAGGUCGUUGACCCGGCUCAGAAAUCUUGUUGUCGACUCGUCUAAGAAGCGAAUAGACGUCCAACAGGCUGAGAAUGCUGUCAUGGCUAGCUUGACCAAAAUGAAAGAUCCUUCA